AUGCGCGCCUGGAAGGCAGUGGCCAGCACGCUGGUGCUCAGUGGGGCUGAUGUGGUGGUCACCACACUGCUCUACACCCAUGGCCGCAGUGGCCAGGAUGUCCUGCAGGACCUGCGGCACUUCAACAUCUUCAACUCGCUGCUGGACAUCUGGGGGGGCUGCCUCUACCGCAGCUGCGUGCUGCUGGGCGCUGCCAUCGGGGUGGCCACCAACACAGCCUACGGCCCCCGGCGCCUCAGGGCAUCCCGGACCUUCAUCACCAUCAUCUGCCUCCUCAUGGGCAUCUACAUGAUGGUGAAGCUGCUGCUCUACUCGGAGGUGCGGAGGACCAUCAGGGACCCCUGGUUCUGGGGGCUCUUUGCCUGGACCUACGUGGCGCUGGCGGCCACCUUCGGGCUGUGGCAGCUACUGGCUUGUGUCACCUCCUCCCGAGAGGCGCUGUGCCCGGGCUCCGAGGCCCGUGCUGAGGCAGAGGAGAGCUGUGAUGGGGUCGCCCAACGGGACAAGCGGGAGGAGGCGGCGGGUCCCACCAUCCAUAAACUGCUGUCCUACACCAAGCCAGAUGCCUUCUUCCUGGGCAUUGCCUCCUUCUUCCUCCUCGUGGCCGCACUGGGAGAGACCUUCCUGCCCUACUACACCGGGCUGGCCAUUGAUGGUAUCGUGGUGCAGAAGAGCAUGGACCGCUUCUCCACAGCAGUGCUGGUCAUGUCGCUCCUCGCCAUAGGAAGCUCAUUUGCCGCAGGUAUCCGCGGCGGCGUUUUUACACUCAUAUUUGCAAGACUGAACAUUCGCCUCCGCAACUGCCUCUUCAGGUCGCUGGUGGCUCAGGAGAUGAGUUUCUUUGACGAGAAUCGCACAGGGGAUGUCAUCUCCCGCCUGACAUCGGACACGACCAUCGUGAGUGACCUGGUUUCCCAGAACAUCAACAUCUUCCUGCGCAACAUGGUGAAGGCCACAGGGGUGAUCUUCUUCAUGUUCAGCCUCUCCUGGAAGCUCUCGCUCGUCACCUUCAUGGGCUUCCCCAUCAUCAUGCUGGUGUCUGAUGUCUAUGGGAAGUACUACAAGAAGCUCUCCAAGGAUGUGCAGAACGCCCUGGCCAAGGCCAACAACACUGCUGAGGAGACCAUCUCUGCCAUGAAGACCAUCCGCAGCUUUGCCAACGAGGAAGCGGAGGCAAACGUGUACUGGCAGAAGCUGCAGCAGGUUUACAAGCUCAACAAGCGGGAGGCCAUGGCUUACACCUACUACGUCUGGUCCAGCGGGCUGACUCUCCUGGUGGUCCAGGUCAGCAUCCUUUACUAUGGUGGGCACCUCGUGAUCUCAGGGCAGAUGACAAGUGGAAACCUGAUAUCCUUCAUCAUUUAUGAGUUCGUCUUAGGAGACUGCAUGGAGUCCGUUGGCUCCGUCUACAGCGGCCUGAUGCAGGGAGUGGGAGCUGCGGAGAAGGUGUUUGAGUUCAUCGACCGCAAGCCAACGAUGGUGAAUGAUGGGUCCCUGGCCCCGGACCACGUGGAUGGGAAGGUGGAGUUCAGAAACGUGACGUUCUCCUACCGCACCCGCUCUGCCACACAGGUCCUGCAGAAUGUGUCCUUCACCCUUCACCCCGGCAAAGUGACCGCGCUGGUGGGUCCUUCCGGGAGCGGGAAGAGCUCCUGUGUCAACAUCCUGGAGAACUUCUACCCUCUGCAAGACGGGCAGGUGCUGCUGGACGGGCAUCCCAUUAACAUGUACGAUCACAAGUACCUGCACUCAGUGAUCUCCCUGGUGAGCCAAGAGCCGGUGCUGUUUGCUCGCUCCAUUGCAGAUAAUAUUUCCUAUGGCUUAACUUCAGCCUCCUUCGAGUCAGUGGUCCAGGCUGCCCAGAAGGCCAAUGCACACUCCUUCAUCACCGAGUUACAAGAUGGAUACCACACAGAGGCAGGUGAAAAAGGAGCUCAGCUGUCAGGUGGCCAGAAGCAGAGAGUGGCAAUUGCCAGGGCCUUGAUCCGAACUCCCCCUAUCCUGAUCCUGGAUGAAGCCACAAGUGCACUGGAUGCAGAGAGCGAACACGCGAUUCAGCAGGCGAUCUAUGGCGACUUGCAGAACCACACAGUGCUUGUCAUAGCUCACAGGCUGAGCACUGUGGAGAAGGCACACAACAUCAUUGUGCUGGACAAGGGCCGCGUGGUGCAGCAGGGCUCGCACAAGGAGCUCAUGGAAGAAGGAGGCCUUUAUUCCAAGCUGGUGCAGAGACAGAUCCUGGGACUGGAGGGGGCCGGCGCAGACAGUCUCCAACCUGCAGCCCGGGGGGAUACAGCGAAGGUGCCCGGGGGGCUGGAGGAGGAGUUCAGGAUAGACCAUUCUCUGCCGGCCGUGGCACAGGACGAUUACAACAACGCUGCUCACAAGUGA